AUGGCCGGCUUCCAAGCCGCCUUUGCGGCCGAAAGGACCACACUGAAGGAGGAGCUCGCAGCUCUGCAUCGCCAGCUCCAGCAGCUGCGCGAUGAGCUGUGGGAUAUCAAGAAGAAGCCGCCAGUUCCCGCCGCCGCCCCCCUCGUGAGUCGUCCGGCGGGGGUCGAUGCGGCCACGCAAACAACCGCCGCUCCGCCCCCUGCAGCAAUGCAAGAGGUGGCGCCCAUGGAAACAGACGAUGUGACGCCACAGUCGUCACACUCCACCAAGGCAGCUGCAAGCAAAGGUGCUGUGGCAACGACCGACUCCUCCCAUAUGAAGCGUCGUGUUAUUGUGGCGCAGGUGGUGGCGGGCCAAGAGUCGCGGGCGGACUGGGUGCUGCGGCAGGCGGCGGCUGAGCUGUCGGCGCUGCAGAGGGCGGUCCCCAGCCUGCUGGAGGGCGACACCGUGGCCGUCUGCUGCAGGAAAUCAGUGCUCUUCCUGCCCGCCAUGGUGGCCACACUCUGCUCUGGAGCCGUCUGUGCCGUCGUCAACGCCGACCUUCCUCUCGAGAGCCUUCGCAGAGCGCUACAGGAGCUGAAGCCAGCAGCAGUGAUGUGCGAACGUCCGACAGCCGAGACCGCUUCCGACGCCAGGCCGCCUGGGUGCCCCCUCCAGCUGCUGGGGGCUGCCGAGGCAGUGCCUGACGCUCUACAAGUGCUGCUGACCAGCGCCCAGGCGCUGCAGGGAGACAAUCUGAGGCCCGCCAUCGCGCUCCUCACGUCUGGCACCACGGGGCAACCCAAGGUCAUUCGGAUACCUCGCCGCAGUAUAGCUCUAAUGGUGCACGAGAAGAGUGUAAAGCUGAUGGUCUACACCUUCUACACUAUAUUAUUUAAGACAGUCAUGCUGAGUGGAAAUGAAGAUAGUGGAGCACAUGGGCUUUGUUUUCAGCCCACCGUCAUCUUCAUGCCGCCGAACCAGUGGAUUUCGCUGGCUCGCCAUUGCCCGGAGGGCCGGCUGAGGUCGGCCGUGCAGCAGGUGCGUUUGUGCGUCACUGGAGGGUCCGCUCUGAGCGCGGAGAGGCACGCGUGGCUGGAGGCGCGCACGGGCCGGCCGCUCUCGCAGUGGUACGGCCAGACGGAGACCUUCGUGCUGAGCAACAUGCUCGUCAGCCGCUGUGGGCGUCCGCCACCUGGCUCUGUGGGGCGCCCCCACGCUGGGCUGCAGGCCAAGGUGUUGGACUUGGAGACCGGUAAAUGUCUUGGUCCUGGAGUCGAUGGUGAGCUGUGCUUCAAAGGAUGGUCCAUCAUCAAAGACUUCGCAGAUGAGGAGGGCUGGAUCCAUACUGGAGACGUGGGCCACUGCGAUGCUGAUGGCAACUUUUACAUCGUCGACAGAAUAAAGGAACUCAUCAAAUACCGCGGCGCCCAUAAGACGCUGCGCUUUGGAGAUGCUUGA